UGCGUUAGUGUUCAACCAUCUUUAAAAAGCUCUGUGUCUGGCUGAAUAGAAGGAAGUGGCUCUGACUUCCCCAGGAAAUGGGAAGAGGAAACUCAAAGGUUUAGACCUCUCGGGCUGAACCGGAGCCACAAGAAGACUCACAGGAGAGAAAGAGAGAGAGAAGAGGAACGAGGGAAGGGUGGAGGGUUAGACGGAGAGAGAGAGAGAGAGAGACACUGACUGAGAGGAAUAAAAAAAAAAAAGAAAGAAAAAAGGCAGGAGUCGACGGGACCUUGAGGUGUGAGUGAACCAGGAUUUGGUUUUGGACUAGUGUGGAGAUGGUUCUUCUCCUCAGAGCUCUGAGCGCUCUGCUCUGCUGCUCCCUGUCCUCCUCACUCAGUCUGGAUCCUGCUGGGAAGAACGUCUGCCUCAACACCAGAGACUCCUCUACCCUUGUCUGUUGCACUGGAUGGCGUCAAAAGGGAAACGAAUGCUCGAUACCUGUGUGUGAGGGCGAGCAGGCCUGCCAAAAGGAAGAGAUCUGUGUGUAUCCUGGUGUGUGUCGCUGUGCACCUGGUUACUUCGGAGCUCACUGUAAAACACGAUGUCCGCCUGAGUUCUGGGGUUCAGACUGUCGCCAGGCAUGUCGGUGCCACCCAUACGGCCGCUGUCACGCUGCCACCGGUGAAUGCACCUGCAAUUCUAACCGCUGGGGUCCACUGUGCCAGUUUACGUGCAAGUGCACCCGCCAUGGCCACUGUCACCCCAUCCAUGGCAACUGCACCUGCGACGAAGGCUGGUGGACCCCAACCUGCUCCAAACCGUGCCAGUGUGUCAGCGGUGGCUCUGUGGGCCCGGGCUGCGACCAGCUGACGGGCCGGUGUCAGUGCCAGCGAGGACACUGGGGGCUGAAAUGUCCCGUCACCUGCAGCUGUUACCUGUCAGACUGUAAUCAACGCACAGGCGUGUGCGACUGUGAGUCAGGCUGGUGGGGACCCAGCUGUGACCGGCGAUGCAACUGUGACCUCACGCACAGCAGCUGUGACCCAGUUAACGGUCAGUGUCAGUGUCAGCCAGGUUUCCAGGGUGUCUACUGUAACCUGCCCUGCGAGUCUGGGAAGUAUGGCAGCGGGUGUCAAAUGAGCUGCGGGUACUGUAAAGACAGCCAGAUCUGCUCUGCCACUGACGGAGCCUGUGAGGCCUGUGAGCCUGGCUGGAAUGGGACGCUGUGUGACCGCCCCUGCCCGAAUGGUUUUUAUGGUGAUGGCUGCCAAGCAAAGUGUCCACGCUGCAGGAAAAAUGAACCAUGUGACCCCAAAACUGGGAAAUGCUGGAGGUGUGACCCUGGAUGGACUGGACCCAGGUGUGAGGACGCCUGCUCUGACAGAAGAUUUGGAGACGCCUGCCGCUUCCUGUGUAAUCCUUGUAUCCGUGGUAACUGCCAUCAUGUGACAGGAAGAUGUGUCUGCGAGCCAGGCUUCCAGGGAGAGAGCUGUAACAGCAGCUGCUCUGCCCUUCAGUUCGGCCUCAACUGCUCAUCUGUCUGUGACUGUGGUGAGGGAGUCAGCUGCCAUCCAGUCACUGGAGUCUGCCCCAACAGUGGCAGGAGUGCUGUACUGGCAGGUGUUCUGGUCCCUCUGCUCCUUCUGCUGUUGGCUGUGCUUUGCUGCUGUUUGUGUUGUGGAGGAGGUCCUGCUGAUGGCAAAGACAGUGCGACUGUGGCUGAGGGAGGAUUGUCUGUUCGGAUGAAAUAUCAUGUCUACAGCGUCCUGGCAAACAUCAGCGCUGCUCUCCCGUGUAUCUCUAACUGGUCCUCUGGUCUGCCUCGUGUAACUGUUUCUCACCACGACCCAGAGCUGACCUUCAACCACAGCUUCAUCGAGCCUCCGUCUUCAGGCUGGGUGACCGAGGGGUCGUCCUUCGACAGUGAUGUGGAAGAGGGAGAGGCUCUCUACUGUGUCCCUCCAAGAGAAGACAUCCCAGCGGUGGCAGGCGGUGAGUUCCAGGAGAUGAGCUCAAAGUGUAACAUGUUCUUAGACCCAUCUGGCUUCAGUAGCGAGGACAUCACCUCACCUUUCAACAUCCCACGCACAUCCAGCAUUGCCAAGUCAAAGAGGCCAUCUGUCUCUUUUGCAGAGGGCACACGCUUCAGCCCUAAAGAAAGACGUGGAUCUGCUCAGGACGCUCUCCCCCGCAACAAACCUAAAUCCUCCUGGGGUGUUUUGAUGCUGUCUGCCCUCCAAAGUCAGGGAAGUGCGGCGAGACCAGGAGAAGAAGACACAGCAGAGGCUGGUGAGAGGGAAGAUGAGGUGGAUGCAACAGACAGCCAGGAGUCAAGCUAUGAAGCAGGGGACCAGGAAGAAGAUAGAACCCCAUCCCGAGCGACCUCCCAGGUCCCCGGCUCAGCAGGAAGAAGACAGACUACGCCCAACACAGCUGCCCAAAAAGGGAACCAGCUGCCAACAUCUGGCUCCGGUGCUCAGGUCGCUGCUCCAAAUAAAGUCACCACAGUGUACGUGACAGUGGGUAAAGCGGGCAGACCGGUCUCUGACACGAGCUCUGACGGCCCCGUUCAGGCCAUGCUGCGCAGACUCGGCAGCAUUCAGAGACAAAGAGAGCAGGAGACCAGCAAGGUCAAAACCAAGGGAGGAGAGGCCAUUUACAAACCGCCGAGGAGGAAGCUCGGAGCUCGGGUGAGUGCGUGGGAGCAGGGAGGGCCAUCAGGAGGGGAGGUUCCUGCUGCUGUAUGUAAGCCCAUAAGGCGGAAGCAUGCUGCCCACAACUCCUGUGACACAACAAACACCAAUGACACUCCACAACCGGACAGCAGCACACCGAAAAGGCCGCUGUCGUCCAUUUUGAAAAGCGUGCCAGAGGUGGCUUCGGCCGCCUCCUCGGGGUCAGUUCUGAUGGCCGAGGGCGACACGGGGCAGGACUCCAGCACAGGACAGACUGAGAGCAGCUACCUUACUGUGGGACCCACAGGAGACGCUGUGAGUCUUACUGAGGUCAUCACCAACGAAGGAGCAGUGGUCAGUGGAAGUGAUGAGCCCUGCUAUGAAAAUGUCAUGAUUAACCACUCAUAACCUCCACUUAACCACGUCAUCAGCAGGUCUGAUCUUAACACAGACAACAGACUGUGUAUAAAAAUGGACAAAACAAUCCUCGCGUCAUUCAUGUCUGUUAGUAAAGGUGGAAAUUCACAGACGUCUCCUUCAACCAGGCACCUGUUGGACUGUACUCGCUGUCAAUCGCGCUGGUGUCCACUCAUAUGCUGUGCUUUAUUGUCCAUUCUCCUCUAAAUGGGAACAUACUUAACAAAAUGGACAACAUUUGAAGCUUUAAAAAAGACCUGAAACUAGUGAUUGAGACCAUUAACUCAUCAGGAAAAUGUUUACUGAUGUUACAAAUCCCAACCACCAACUGUUACUUCCUGUUUCCCUUUUUAAACUGGAAGUCUCCAUCCUUUUUCUUAUAUACAGUCUGUGAUACAGAUACAGUACAUAUUUAUUUUUAUGACGUUGUCACAGACGCAAACCCCGCUACUAUAAACAACAGGUUCUGCUUGAUUCCUAAGACACACCCCUUGUUGCUUCCAUUAUCUUUAUUUUUUAUAUGAACAAGAGAGUACUGGGACAAGUGACUGAAAAUGGAUUUUAUUUGCUGCAGUAAUGCAAGUGUUUAUACAUUAUAUGAGAACAAGUACUGUAAUAUUUGUGUUUCUGUUUGCUUAUUGAG